AAACAGGUUAUUACUUCACUUUUCUAGAUAUAUCCUAGAAAAAAUUGAUGCUCGACGCCUGUAGCAUUGGAUGCACUUCCCGCGUAAAUCACCACCAGUCCACCAGUCCAUCACCAUCCAUAAUCAUCUUCACUGUAAUGGCGACCGAUAGCGAGGAUGUGAUCCUCUCCAUAACUUCCAGCUUCGAUCAGAUCUAUGCGGAUUUUAAGAGCACGAUUGAGGACAUUCAAAGUUUGAAAUCGAAAUACAACGCGGAAGUGAAGAAGAGUGACGCUAUCCAGUUCAGAAUGAAAAGCCUUCAAUCUGAAAAUGAGCGCCUGAGAAAGAGUUAUGCAGAGUCACUUAACAGAUUGACAGAUCAGAUUGAAAGCCGUACUAGCUGCCAGAUGUUGAAGGAUGAACUGAAAAAAAUAAAUGAUGAGCAUUCCCAGAAAGAAAAUGAAUUUAAGAUUGUUAUUGGCUCGCUCAAGCAUGAAAACGCAAUGAGGAUUCAAGUCAUGGAAUCUCAAAUCAGAGAGUUACAGGCUGAAAAGGCGGCAAACGAAGCAGUUUGUCAACAUCUUCGUCAAGAUUUAACUGUGCAUAAGAACCAUAUCACAGCUCUAACAAGGAGAUUAGAACAAGUCUCUUCUGAUGUAGAGUCUAAAUAUCAGUAUGAGAUUCAGGGCUUGAGGGACUGUCUUUUGGUUGAGCAAGAAGAAAAGACUGAGUUGAAAAAGAAGGUCCAAGAACUGGAAAAAGAAUUGCUUGUCAGCAGCAUGGAGCUUGUAGAGUCUCGGCAAGAUUCAACUUCAAAUCGAAAUGUGGACUCUCUAAAGCAGAAGAUUAUGAAACUACGGAAGGAGAAUGAGGGUCUGAAGAGGCAAAUCAUUGAUAAGAGAGAAGGAUAAGUGCCCUUUAUUUGGAUAUAGCCCUCUAAUAGUACAUGUUUAGUGCAUAACCAGUGCUGUUAUAUAUUGUUGGUUAGGUUUAUCAAUUGGAGGGUCCUGUAAUUCGAUAGAGCCCUUUUACCUUCAUCGUAUAGCAAACAUACGUAGAGAACCGAAUGGGCCACUGAACCGAAUCCUGUAGUUAUGGCCUGAGUCCCGGAUUCAUCAAUCACCUCACUAGAGAACCGUUUAUGGGUUAUGUAUAGGGAUGGACCGGUUCCGGGCAAACCAGACCGGCCCGGACUGAUUCCGGGCCAACUGGCCCGGUCCGGACUGGUAUUGUUUGUACCUGACCCGACCCGGUACCCGGUCAUAGGACCGGUCCGGGUGGCCCGAAUCGGUGGUUACUUGAGGCGGGCUCGAGCCUGCUAAAAUAGGAACCGGCCCGGUCGGUCUGGGCCCAGUCCGUUCCCGGUCCGAGCCUAUUUUAUUUAUUUUUGUGUUUCAA